GGGCGAGCGGCGCCGGGCGGGCGGCGAUGGACGGGCAGCGCCCGGCGGGCCCCGCCGCGCCGCGCUGGAGGAGGCGGGCGACCCCCCGGCCGCAGCCCCUCGCCUGGAGCAAGCCCCGGCCGCAGUCGUACCAGAGCCCCAGCGGGCUGCUCGUCACCGACUUCCCCGUGGAGGACAGGUGCGCCUUCACCGUGACCCAGCCCGCCGGCACCGUCAGCCCCGACAUGGGAUCCGUGUCCAACGGCACCGUGCGGCCGCCGCGCUCGCCCGGGCUGUCCCCGGAGCGCUCCCGGCUGCUCGCCCUGGCUCCGGACAGCCGUGUCGGUUCGACCGCCAACGGCACCGUCCCCGCGCCGGGCAGCGGGCAGGGCCGCCGGGCCCGGCCGCCCAGGACUGCGGGGCUGGCCCCGCACCGGGACCGCAUCGUGUUCGCGGCCAGCGCUCAGCCCGCACCGUGCGGCCGGGCCGCCGAGCCCCCGGGGGUACCGGGAGGAUCCCCUGGAGUCGGCCGGGCUGCCGAGCCCCCGAAGGGGUCCCCCAGAAUCGGCCGGACCGCCGAGCUCCCGGGGGCAUCCCCUGGAGUCAGCCGGACCGCCGAGUCCCUGGAGGGAUCCCCCGGGAUCGGCCGGACAGCGGAGCCCCCGAAGGGAUCCCCCAGAGUCGGCCGGACCGCCGAGCUCCCGGGGGCAUCCCCUGGCGUCAGCCGGACCGCCGAGCCUCCGGAGGGAUCCCCCGGGAUCGGCAGGGCUGCCGAGCCCGCGGAGGUGCCCGGGGGUCCCCCCGCGGAGCCCCCCGCGCUGCUGAGCACUCACAGCCCCGCGGCGCGGAAGGUGGGCUCGCAGCAGCUGAUCCCGCUCAGCCUGGCGGAGAGCCGGCCCGCGGGCCGGGCCCAGGGCCACGACCGGCUGCUGAAGGCUCGAAGCAUGGUGGAGACCGCCCGGCUGCCCCCGGGCAGCGACGCCGAGGACGAGCCCGAGGGCGGCCCGGGCAGCCCGGGGACGCUGCGGCGAGGGCUCCGCUCCACGUCCUACCGCCGGGCCGUGGUGAGCGGGGUGGACCUGGACGGCUCCGCCAACUGCAAGAAGAAGAACAGAAUGUCCCAGCCCAUCCUGAAAGCCGUGGUCGAGGAUAAAGAGAAGUUUUCGAGCCUGGGCAGGAUAAAGAAGAUGCUGAAAGGCCAAGGGACAUUCGAUGGGGAAGAAAAUGCUGUUUUAUAUCAGAACUAUAAGGAAAAGGCUCUGGACAUAGAUUCUGAUGAAGAGUCUGAGCCCCGAGAGCAGAAAUCGGAUGACAAGGUUGUUUUUCACUACAAGCCCCUGAGGUCGACGUGGAGCCAGCUCUCUGUGGUGAAGAAGAAUGGAUUGUCAGAAACCAUCAGCCAGGAGGAGAGGAAGAGGCAGGAGGCAAUAUUUGAAGUGAUCUCUUCUGAGCAUUCUUACUUGCUGAGCUUGGAGAUUCUGAUCCGGAUGUUUAAAAAUUCCAGGGAACUGAGCCUCACAAUGACCAAAACAGAGAGCCACCACCUCUUCUCCAACAUCACGGAUGUUUACGAAGCAAGCAAAAAGUUCUUUGAAGAGCUGGAAGCGAGGCACCAGAACAACAUCUUCAUCGAUGACAUCAGUGACAUCGUGGAGAAACACGCGGCCUCCUCCUUCGACCCCUACGUGAAGUACUGCACCAACGAGGUGUACCAGCAGCGCACCCUGCAGAGGCUGCUAGCCACAAAUCCAGCGUUUAAGGAGGUGCUGUCCCGGAUCGAGUCCCACGAGGAUUGCAGGAAUUUGCCCAUGAUCUCCUUCCUCAUCCUUCCCAUGCAGAGAGUCACUCGUCUCCCCUUACUGAUGGAUACCAUUUGCCAGAAAACACCCAAGGAUUCAGCAAAAUAUGAGAACUGCAAGCAGGCUCUAAAAGAAGUCAGCAAGCUGGUCCGUCUGUGCAACGAGGGCGCUCGGAAGAUGGAGAGGACGGAGAUGAUGUACACCAUUAACUCCCAGCUGGAAUUCAAAAUCAAGCCCUUUCCACUGGUUUCCUCUUCACGGUGGUUGGUGAAAAGGGGCGAAUUAACAGCGUAUGUAGAAGACACUGGACUUUUUUCCAAAAGAACCUCUAAGCAGCAGGUCUACUUCUUCCUCUUCAAUGAUGUCCUCAUCAUCACCAAGAAGAAGAGUGAGGAGAGUUACACGGUGACGGAGCACUCGCUGCGGGAGCAGCUGGUGGUGCAGCCCUGCGAGGAGGAGCCCGGCUGCUCUCCCGGGAGGAACGCGGUGCUGCACUCGCGGGGCUCUGCCGCCCACCUCUUCAGGCUGCUGGUGCUCAGCAACCACGCGGGGGACAGGGUGGAGAUGCUGCUGGGAGCAGAGACUCAGAGUGACAGAGCGCGGUGGAUCACAGCGCUGGGGCAGGACAGCGACGGGCUGCACACGGACAGGACGACUCUGGCUCAGGUGGAGAUCAUCAGGACAUACACAGCCAAGCAGGCCGAUGAACUGUCCCUCCAAGUGGCUGAUGUCGUUCUGGUUUAUCAAAAAGUGAAUGAUGGCUGGUACGAGGGGGAGCGGCUGCGGGACGGGCAGCGGGGCUGGUUCCCCAUGGAGUGUGCCAAGGAGAUCACCUGCCGUGCCACCCUGGACAAGAACAUGGAGCGCAUGGGGCGCCUGCUGGGGCUGGAAACCAACGUGUAGCGUGUUCCUGUCCCCACACCAUGCUCUGCACCCGCUGCUGGGGGCUCCCUGUGGGACGGGGGGCACCGGAGCCCACACCCCCUGCACCAGAGCACUGAUGAUUGGAUACUCGUGUCUGUCCUCGCUUCGCCUUCCGAGAGCUCCGAACUGAAGCCUGGUUAGACCAGGAGCAGAGUGCAGCUCACAGCAGUGUCCUGGGAGCUCAGCUCUGCAUCCUUCUCACUCGCGUUCCAGUUCUGACUUCAGUUGCUCCAUCCCCGCCUCCUUCUGUUCUUGCUCCCUCCGUUUUUCAGCAUCCUGACUUGCUUUCCCCAGAGCUGCCCAGGACACGGGACAGCAGACACGCCCCAUCCAUGGAGCUGGAGGUGAACAGCAAUGCUGGGGGUGUCCCAAAGAGCUGCAGUGGGACAGUCCCAGUACCAGCCAGGGUGUUAAUGGAAUACUUCCCACUUGUGUCAGAACCUGUGUGACCUAAACUAGAAUGACCAGCUCUGUACUUCAGGAAGGCCAACCUACCUCUCCAGUGCAAAUCCAGGGACAGCUCAGACUGUCUCCUUUUAGUUCUGCAGUGGUGAAAGGAUUUCUGAAAGCAAAAACAAGGUACCACACUCUGCAAAGCAGGUGCUGCUGAUCCAUCUUGGCCCAGGUAUUUUAGCAGAGAGUAACUGCUGGAAAUGGGGCCGAUUUGUUCCUGGUUUCUUCAGGUGUUUAAUAAGCUCCUGUGAUUCAGUUACUGUUUCAGAGCAGGAGUUUGAUGGGCUGCAGGAACAUGAAGUACUUUGUUCUGGGACUGGGGGGUUUCUGCUCUUCAGUACUGGAGAUCAGUUCUUUCCGUGUUCUGCUGAACUCCAUUUACCUGCACCUUUAUCGUCCUGUGGGAUCCACAGCAGAGGGAGAGGGAACAGCUGCAGUUUGGCUGAGGUGCCAGGUCUCCUCUCUGUUGUGGGCACCAUCAGAGCUCGGGCAGUGCCGGAGGAACAGCCUGGCAGGAGCUGUGUGGUGCUGCCCCGUGCUCACAGGGCACUGCACACCCCAGUGCCCUCUCCUGCUGUGUGAACAGGGCAGCCCGGGCUGAGCAGAGCUCAGGGGACUGUGGGAUGCAAACCCUCACCGGGUAAGGACCAGCUGCUGACUCAGCAGCUAAAUACUGCUCACUGCAAACGAGGGGACAACUUGUAGUACCAAGGCUUUCUUCUUGUUGCCUUCCCCAGCCUCAGAACAGGGGCUGGAAGUUGUUUUAUAGUCUGUAAUAUGCUGAUUUCAUUGGUGAGUGAAUUGGGUGUUUGUAAAUGUCUGUCUCUAACAAUUUAAACUGUAUUAGGAAGGCAAUAAUUUUGUACAAAAGUACUUACCUGGACAGUCUGACAGUGGUUAUACAGCCUUGUAAAUUAAUUUAAAAGAGGACUGAUAAAAUAGUAAUGACAAAAACUGUAAAUUGAACAAAGACUUAUUUAACAUAGUAAAAAGACUGCUACUGUUUUAACAAAUUUAUUGUAUACAGGCAGAUGUUUAACACAUAACUGAAUGUAUAAAUCCAGGCAUUAAUUUUAUUCAGAUUUUUUUAAUACCUUGUAUAUAUUUUUCAUACCUAGUUUUUCCAAAAAUGCUGUAAUUUUUUUAAAGACAUUUUUCAUUUUUCCUAUCGUUGGACACAGUUCUUCAGGAAUUAAAGACUUCUAUGAUUUUAUAGGACAACAAUCAAUAAAAUGCUUUUAAAUCCUUA